AUGGUCCAACUCAGCGCCGAUCCCACGUUCCAGUACCAAAUCCUCCGCGCCCUCGGCCUGGCCAGCUAUGGCGCCGCCGACGUGGGCGAAGUGCUCGCCACGGCCGACCAGAUCGCCCCGGGGGAUUUCGAGUCGUUCUACACGGCCUUCCACAAACGCGCCGAACGCAUCGCCGCGCAGGCUACCAGGAUGACCAACCCGGUCUCGCUGCGUGACGCCCUGUUCCGCGCGGCGACAUACUUCCGCAUGGCGGACCUGUACAUCCACGGGGACUGGGACGACCCGCGCAUCCUGGCCGUGUGGGACAGGCAGACGGAGUGUUUCGACCGGGCCAUGUCCCUGCUCCCGAUCCCGGGGGUGCGGAAGACGAUUUCUUCGCCGGCCGGGGGGUUCCAGAUCCCGACGAUCUUUUUCCGCGCCGAUGCUGAUCCCGCCGAAAAACGGCCCACGGUCAUCAUGUGCAGCGGCCUCGACGGGUCCAUGGAGGAAAUGUACCACGUCCACGGCAUCGCCGCGCUGCAGAGGGGGUACAACGUCGUCUGCUUCGAAGGGCCCGGCCAGGUCUUCACGCGGCGGUCCCAGGGCCUGGGCUUCAUCCUCGAGUGGGAGCGGGUCGUCAGCCCGGUCCUCGACCACCUCGAAACCCUCCCGGGAGUUGACACCGCCAAGGUCGCCCUCCUGGGAUACUCUCUGUGUGGACUCCUGUGCGCCCGCGCCGCGGCCUUCGAACCCCGCCUCGCGGCCCUCUUCUGCGUCGACGGCAUGUUCGACAUGGCGCGGACGCCCAUCUUCCCGAUCGCCAGCGCGAUGGCGCACCAGAAACUCGCUCCAGCCGCCGACGCCAACGCGGAUCCCGCAGCAGCGGCCGCGGCAGCGAUGCAAGCCAUCCAGGCCACGGUGCGCGACCCCAACGUACCCACGACGCUACGCUGGGCCCUCUCCCACUGCCGCUGGGCCUUCAACGUCCGCUCGCCGCUGCAACUCCUCGAGAUCCUCAAACGCUUCACCAUCGCCGACGUGGUCGACCAGAUCCGGUGUCCCGUGCUCGUGUGCGACGCCGUCGAGGACCACUUCGCCAAGGGCCAGGCGAAGAUGGUGGCCGACGCGCUGGGCGACCGGGCCACGCACGUCGAGUUCACAAGGGAGGACGCCGCGGAGCAGCAUUGUCAUCUCGGCGCGGCGAGGUUUGCUAAUCACGUCAUUUAUGAUUGGUUCGAGGGGGUGGUGGUGAAGAAGUGA